GUACCGACACUAAGAACCUUGCUAUGCAUAACAUUCUUAGCCGCAAACAAGCAACGACAGACCAUCUUUAGCAAUGUUGAAUUGCCAAACCAUCAGCCCACAUAGCGGAUCUGCUACAGGUUUUGCUCGUUGAUUGGUCGGACGAUAUUCGUUCACUAAGCUAAAUUGCCCUACAAGGGCUACAUGACGACAAAUCAGCAUCACAUCAUACUCUAUUGUAUCUUUGAUAUAUGUCAUACUAUCAUAAUGAUAACAGUGCUGUCAACAGAUUAGUAAGAAUGGUUUUAAUAUAAGGGUAGGAGUGGAGUCCUCUUUUCCAGUCCUCUUCUUCCCAUACGAAUCUCAAAAGUUCAAAAAGUCUUUUUGUCUACAUAUCACAACUGCUCGUCAUUUUCCACGCCUCAAAACUUUAAUAACCUUCACUCACUUCAAAAUGCAAUUCCAAUACCUCGCCGUCGCCCUCCUCAGCGGCCUUGCCAUCGCAACCCCAGGUCUCCAGCAGCCAGAGAAGCGUGUGGAUAUCAUUGGAGGAAUCACCUCCGCAGCCGGCGGAGAAGUCAGCAGCGCCCUCGGCAGCAUCACCGGCGGCGGCUCCUCAGCAAGCCAGGAGACCGGCGCCUCCUCCAACAGCGAAGCCUCGUCUACCGCCAGCUCCGAGGCAUCCUCCUCCACCGGCAGCGAAUCAUCGUCCGCCACCGAGUCCUCCUCUACCGGCAGCGAGUCGUCGUCCGCCACCGAGUCCUCCUCUACCAGCGGCGAGUCGUCGUCCGCCACCGAGUCCGGAGCCAGCUCCACUGGAGGUGCCGGAAGCUCGGGCACCAGCAAAGCAGGCGCCAUGAGGACCGCUGCGCCUAUGGCUGGUAUCUUGGGUGCUGCUGGAUUGGCCCUUGUGCUGUAAGCGGCCCAGUUUUCGCAGAACGAUGAGACCAAUCGAGGAAAAGGAUUCAACUGGAAGUUAUAUAUGGCUCGGCGCCCGGUAAUAGAUUAUUGGUGUAAUAAUAAAUUGGUUUAGAGUAGAUAAAAAUCAACGUGUGC